GAGCCUGCGCUAUCGCGGCUGCUGCGGCUGCUGCCGUCGGUGCGUACGCUCGAGGGGGCGGUGGCCACCACCAUGUGCGACGCGGUGCUCAUGCGUCGCCCGAACGAGAAGCGUGCAAAGCGGGAGAAGGACGCCACCUACUGCUACAAGGCCGCAGUCGCUGCAGCGUACAACGCGUCUGAGGCUGCGCGACUUGCUGCGUCGCUGCUGGGGGAGGAUGAAGCCGACACCAGCGAUGCCGUAGACGUGGCAGCGAGUGCUGGUGGCGGCGAUGGCAGUCGGGCUCAGCGCGAGGGGAGCGAAAGCCGGCACGGUGAUGGCGGAAAGCAGGGAGCAGGUGGCGUUGAUGCAACUGCAACAGCAGCGGCAGCAGCAGAGCGCGGCAGCGACAGCCGCGACGAUACUGUGGUCACAGACGACACCGCCACGGCAGAGCACGGACCCGUGAACCGCGAGCAUAACCAAGCAGGCACUGCUGCUGCUGCUGACGUCAACAGUCGCACUGGCAGCAGCAGCAACCCCCAUCAAGAGGCGAAUAAGGCGGAGGAACAGGAGGAAAAGGAGGAACAGGAGGAACAGGAGGAAAAGGAAAAAGGAAACAAAGCAAAAGCAGAGGAUGAAGAGGAACAAGAGGAGGAAGAGAAUGAGGAUGAGCAACCAGCGUCUGCGUUGGGCGUGCUGUCUGGUGCUCUCAUCACCAUGAUCGACAGCUUUCCCGAGCAUGUCACCAGAGACAUGCCCAUUGGCAACACACAGGUGCUGUCUGGCACGCUGGUGCACGUGGCGUAUGUGUACCUGGAGGACGACUACGUGCUGGCCGUGGCGUGUGAUGCUGCCGCGUGCCCGUUUGUGCAUCUGCAGACCAAGCUCGUCGAAUUUGUUCGCGUCCUCAAGUCCCUCUACUGUGACUUUCAGGCGCUGCUGGUGAGUGCGCGCCACCACCGCCUGCUGACGCUGCAUCUGACGCGAUUCUUCGCGCAUCUGCUCGCGAGCUAUCAGCACCGCCUCGGCCACCACUGCAGCAUCCACAACCACCCCAGCAGCCUCCGCCUGAGCAUCGCUGGUGUGCGCCGUCGCCCGCGUGUCAUCCAGAAGGCGCUCCACCUGCCGAGCUUGGAGACGUGUGAUCCGCGGUGCAUGAUCUCCAGCGGGCGCGGCAAUGCCGUGUUCCACUUUCUCGCAGCAGAGCCGGGCACGGGCCUUGUCCUCGUCUCGGAUCCGUUUGCACCCCUCAACGAACACUCUCUGCAGGCCAAGGUCCUCGAUCAGUUCUACAGGACAUCGCUGCGUGUGCGUGCACUGUUACACCAGAGCCGCGCAUCCAACACGUCGUCCUCCCUCUUUACAGCACCGCCACCACCACCACCAUCAUCAUCAUCGCCGCUUUCAUCGGCCGCAACACCGUCAACGCCGUCGCGCCGCCACUCUGCCAUGUUCCCGGGCGACCACCCGCUCUCCAUGAUGGAGGAGCACGGCUUGAUGUUUACGGUGGGCACAGCAACGUGGUCGUCGUCGUCACACGACCAGCAGCAGCGUCAACAACAGCAACACCAGUCGCGUGGGGGCGUGUCGUGCAACCCUGCCGUGAGCGCAUUCCAACGACGACGGACAAAGCGCGCAUCGAGUCGACACGCCUCCGCGGAGCAUGGUGGCGGGUCCCCGUUUCCGCUCUCAUAUUGGGUGGUGGGCCGCCUCCUGCCUCCACGCGGCUCGAACACGGACACACGCGCACAGCACCACGCGCACGGCACGUUCUUUGGCGGCGGCAGCCGUGGCGUUCAGGACGACAUGUACCGGGAGCUCUAUGUCUGCUUCAGGGAUGGCGCAGCGCAGGACACGGCGGAGAUGGCGUUCAAGCUCUUCUCUGGCCUGUAAUGCGUGACUUGGACCAAGUCCUCUGUGUGCACGAACAAACGCCCUCGGCGAGUAACGUGCUAUGCGACUUUUAAAUCCGCUACUCGACGUGUCCGUGCUCUGUUACCACCCAUGAUUACACACAACUGCGUUCCUUUAUUUUUUCUUCGCCUGUUAUUGUUGGCUUCGACCACAAAUUCAGUACAAGACAUCGGC